GAAAAAACACAACACAAAUCAAAUGUAGUCAGCUGAUAUUCAUGGUCAAUCUACAGCCAUUAUCCCUUACAAAACGUGUUGUACAUGGUUAAACAAAGAACCUUACCUCAUUUAAAAACAAAAGAGAUACCUCAUGCAUUAAGACACACAAACCCAAAUCAGACAAAACACAAUCUUCAGAAGCAACCAUAUUGGAAUAGCCUUCUCCACAAGGAACACAACAAAAAACCAACUGAAUACUCAAAGCUCGGGCAGCGGUUUACGCACGCAUUUAUAAACGAGCAUUCGAUCAGCAAUCACAAUCGUUAAUCUUGCUCUCGAGUCACUUACCAAACUUUCUGGGUUUUUUUUUUCUAAGUGUAAUGGCAAUGAGGCCGAGAGGUGGUUCUGCAUCUAAUCCAAGGCGUGGAGCUCGGACAGGUGGCGUCCGCCCAGUUUACGAAGACUUCAGACCCGUCUCAGAAUGGAAACAAGAUAACGAGUCUCACAUUCUCAACAUCUAUCUUCCGGGCUUCAUGAAGGAGCAAAUCAGGGUCUCGACGGAAGGGCAGAAUAUUAUAAGGGUUCGUGGAGAACGCUUGGUUGGCGGCAACAAAUGGAGCCGUUUUCUGGAGGAAUUUCAAGUUCCGGAAGAUGGCGUAAUGAACUCCAUUCGUGCCAAGUUUCAAGGAGGGGUUUUAGUGAUUACGGUCCCGAAAAGAGUAGUUGACAAGCCACACGACUCUCUUUUACCAAAAAUCAACGACGACGAACAAAAACACCCUGCCAUUGCAAAAGAUAAAGAGAAAGUUUUACCAGAAGUUAGCACCAGUCAACCACGAGAAGAUAAAAGCAAAGAACAUGAGAAGAUUUCGACCAAUCCAAGUACAGAACACAAAACCGCGCUUCAAAAAGGCCAAGAUAAGGCUUUCCAAUCAGCAGAAGAGAAGAGUAUAGAAUCUCGUGAGGCAAGAGAUGACUACAAAAGGGAACGUGACUCGAGCCAGUUUGGAAAAACAGGAGUUUCAGUUUCACGUGAUGCUGAGAAAGAAAUGGGCGAGUCCGAAGGAAAGAAUAUUCCUUUGCCGAAAAUGAAGAUGAAAGAAUUACCUGAGAAAACAACAGGUGACAAAGAAUUAUAUGGAGCUGUCAUCACAAAGGAGAAAUAUAGAAAAGCAGUGAAAGGACUUGCCGAGCUCAAUGAAGAAAGGCAAUUGCUAGUGAAUAUGGGGGUGGCAGUGCUUGUUGUCGUGGCUCUCACGGCAUAUGUCACCUACAAGUUUGCAUCUGGAAAGGAGAAAAACUAGAUUCCGUACGAACGUGAAAUUACCAUUUGUAUUGUAUAUAAUUUAAUUUAUAAGUUGCAUGAGAAAAUUUGAAGGCACAUUGCUUAUAUGUUCCUCGUCAUUCUUAAAGUUCCAAAAGCAAUAAAAGCUGAUAAAAAUUUGAGCAAAC